AUGCUGCAGGACAUGCAGAGGCGUGUGCACUCGUGUCAAGGCUUUGGCGCAAGCAGCUGGGAUGGUUUUCCGGUUACCGUCGGCUGGCCAAGUGCAGCUGAAAUGCUGCAGGAAGAAGGUGUGAACACUGUGUCAAACAACAAUCACAGUCAAGUUUUGCUUGAAAAAUUGCUGCGCUCUUGUCCUGUAAAGCGGAUAUAUCUGCUUAUGCGGAGCAAGCGUGGUGUGGAACCGGAGGAGAGGCUUGACGAAUUGUUCAAGUGCGAGGUGUUUCAACUACUGAAGCAGGAAGUGCCAGGCGCACGUAGUAAAGUAAAAGUUGUAGCAGGGGACCUAGCUUUGCCAGGCCUGGGACUUAGUGAAGCUGACAUGGCCACCAUAUGUGAAGAAGCGUCUGUAGUUUUCCACCUGGCUGCCACGGUCAGAUUCUUUGACACGCUCAAAUCUUUAGGUGACAAUGUAACGGGCUCUCUGAGACAACUUCAGUUUGGACAGCCCAACAAUUACGCUUUGACCAAGGCCGUUACGGAGUAUCUGCUGCUGGACGAACAAAGACACUUUCCUCUUGCUAUCGUCAGGCCCUCAAUUGUUACCGCAUCGUGGAGGGAGCCAUUUCCGGGGUGGAUAGACAAUUAUUAUGCCUGUACGGGUGUUGUCGUGUCGGCAUAUUUGGGACUGCUGCCGACAGUGAUACUUUCCAAAGACUGCGUUGCAGACCUUAUUCCUGUGGAUGUCGUGGCCAAUACGCUUAUUUGCGUUGGGUGGCAGGUGGCCACAACAAGGCCAACGCAGCUGAAGGUAUACAACUCUGCGAGCAGCGCGGUAAAUCCACAAACGUGGGGUGAGCUGUACGCGCAAGUGAAAAGUACCACGGCGCAACGCCCUUUGCCGAACCCGCGUCGCUUCCCCAUCGCGACCGGCAGCAAAGUCUUGUAUCGUCUGAGCCUGUGGUUCUUGCGUUACGUGCCUGCAUUGCUUGGAGACGUGGUCUUGCGGUUGACAGGAAGAGAAGCUAGUCUAGUUGACCGGUAUCGCAAGGCUGUUAAUGGCAUGGACGCCACGAGCUUUUACACCACCAACAGCUGGCUGUUCCGAUCAGACAACGUCGUGGGACUGAUGAACGAUCUGCCUCCAAUAGACCAGCAGUUGUUCAACCUUGACAUCCGGAAGUUGAAUUGGUGCCAGUAUUGGGAUAACUACGUGACAGGCAUUCGCAAGUACCUUUUGAAAGUCGAUGAUAAAGAACUCCCUCAAGAGCGUCAAGUCUGAGAAGUGGCCAUGAUAGCGUUCAGCUGCGGAGCGUGAGGUCACGGAUUCAGUUUGUGGUAGCUACGGUGCACAUGGAUUGAAGAGGCCUCACACAUGCAAAGAAGUAUCUGUGCAUGUUGAAGAGCCAUAGGUAUGACAUUUGUGGCCCGUACGUCGCAGCAGCUACGCAGGUGUAAUGCAAGUUUGGUUUCCGCAGCUACAGCGUGCGGCUGCCGCCGAUAAGGCGUCCUCAAGAUGGCGUCACGAAGCGGCGGACCUAUCACGUGCCACGAAGGCGCGCACGAGAUCCUCCGCGGCUGCUGGUCCAGUUUAUUCAAUAAAUGAGGUGUUUACGUAAAUCUUCGAUCAUUUAUUAUGCGAUAGAGUAAUUAUGGAAGCUAAAGCCAGCAAAAAAAUUUCCCUAAAGUGAUUUUUGUUCUAAAUGUGGUUAUGUUUUCCUUGAGAUUGGUGUUUUAUGGUUACGAGCCCUGGAAUGUUAGGCAGUGGAAGGAAAUGGCAGUGGAAUGCAAUUGUUAUGAUGUGCCGGACGAGUCUAGCAAGCAAAGUAAGUUGGUGUCAGAGAGGGUCAUUGAGGAGUAGCACAUACAUAGUGUCACGUGCUCAGCGAUAUAAGUUUGCCCGACGGAUGGUUUCGAACCAAGGUUUUCUCGGCACAGCAGCCCGAUGCUCUACCUAUUACACCACCGACUACCCAGUGACCCAAAUAGGCGGGAAAACGGUUAUAGAUAUCGAUAGGUACCUAUCCAAAAGUCUGUGAAGUUUAUUAAGAAUGCUCAUUGUACAUAAUAAUACAUUUUAUACGACCGCAUCCCUCCGCUUUAACAAACUGCUCUAAACCGCUGGGUUCUUGCUCAGUUCCCCGUCGUAGGCAAGCGCACUGAAACAGCAGUUUUUGAGCCAGCGACGCAUA